CCUUAAUCUUCUGUUUUUUUUAUUUACAAGAGAGAAGAGGUCAGAUCCUUCUUCCCUAUUUCCCCGACCUAAUUCUUCGCUUUUCCUUCCCCACGAUGUUAUGAAUCUUCCACCUAUCUUCCUCCCCAGAUUCUUCCCAUCAUUCAUCCCCUAAUCUUCCGUUUUUUUUUUUUAUUUACACCAAUACAAGAGAGAAGAAGUAAGAUCCUUCACUUAAGGAUCUGCAAUUUCCCUAUUUCCCCGACCUAAUUCUUCGCUUUUCCUUCCCCACGAUGUUACGAAUCUUCCACCUAUCUUCCUCCCCAGAUUCCUCCCAUCAUUCAUUUGCUCCUUCAUAUGAGGAUUUACAUGCUCAACAGCUGGAAGAAGAGUUGCAAUCAACAGCAUUCAAUGAAUAUGAAUAUGACUUGCGCUCAAUAUUUAAGCCAAGGGGUAUUUUGCUAUUUAAGCACUACCGUAGAGGCAGACACUCACCACAGAAUAACUGUCUCUUCAAGUCCACCUACAGCAAUGGAAUCUCGCCUUUUAAUCCCCCAAAUCACAACUGAGAAAAAACAAUGGAGUUGUAAAGUUUGUGUUAUUGAAAAGUUGAAUACAAGAAAGUCAAAGAGCAAACCUGGAACCUUGUACAAGCCUAUAACAUUACAAGAUGAAGCGGGCAACAAAGUUCAAGGAAUGACUUAUCAAAAUGAUAUUGAACUACUUGAUGAAAGGCUCNGAUUGUUCUUAUUUUCAUGGCCUGCCUUCUUUUAUCCACAAUAA